AUGAAGGCCCAGGGCCAGACGAAGUCGGGCUCUUCGCCUUUGUACUCUGUGUUCCGCCAUGUACGGUACGAGAACCUGGUGGCGGGCGUGAGCGGCGGCGUCCUCUCCAACCUGGUGCUGCAUCCGCUGGACCUCGUGAAGAUCCGCUUCGCCGUGAGUGACGGACUGGAAGUGAGACCCAAGUACAAGGGGGUCGUCCACUGCUUGACCUCGAUCUGGAAAAUGGAUGGUAUACGAGGUCUCUACCAAGGAAUCACUCCCAACGUGUGGGGUGCGGGCCUGUCCUGGGGACUCUACUUUUUCUUCUAUAAUGCCAUUAAAUCGUACAGGACAGAGGGGAGAACGGAACGGCUCAAGGCGACAGAAUACCUGACUUCAGCCGCGCAGGCUGGGGCCAUGACGCUGUGUAUCACAAACCCAUUGUGGGUAACAAAGACACGGCUGAUGCUACAGUACGAUCACAGCCCCCAGGAGAGGCGCUACACGGGCAUGAUAGACACGCUGGUGAAGAUCUAUAAAAACGAGGGGUUCCGCGGAUUAUACAAGGGAUUUGUGCCCGGGCUGUUGGGGACAUCCCAUGGAGCCCUUCAGUUCAUGGCAUACGAAGUGCUCAAAGUGAAGUACAAUAAACAUAUCAAUAGAUUGCCCGAUGCACAGUUGAGCACCAUAGAGUAUGUAUCUACUGCGGCUUUGUCAAAAAUAUUUGCUGUGUCAGCAACGUAUCCCUAUCAAGUAGUGAGAGCCCGACUUCAAGAUCAACACAUUUAUUACCGCGGUGUAUUUCAUGUAAUCAAGAGGACAUGGAGCAAAGAAGGCAUUCAUGGAUUUUACAAAGGAAUUGUCCCUAAUUUGAUUACAGUGACUCCAGCCUGUUGUAUUACCUUUGUAGUUUAUGAAAAUGUCUCCCAUUUUCUAUUUGACCUUGGAGAAAGAAAAAAGCAAACUUAA